GGGUUUGGGUUUAGGUUUAGGGAAACAUUUCAAGGGUUUUCUCUGAACCCAACUGUGCCUGGCAACUCUCUGCCUCUCUGCUUUGCACAAGUGUUCUUCUCCGUCGAUUCCUUCUUCGAAUUCGAGCUUAGGCUAUUGAUUGACCUUUCUUUUGAAUCAGAUAGAUGGUUGCUUUCUAGUUCAGUUUCCUGUAUAGCAGAAUUGAGAAAUGAGUUUGAUUUCAUGUCUGAGGCAUCGUUUGCCUGGUGUACUUUUGAGACAAUCGGUUCGAUUGAAUGUGGCUGACUCCUGUUUUAUUACCUCAUCUGUGUUUACUCGACACUUUUCUCAGCCUGCUAGGAAAGAGGAGGAAAACGAGGAAGAAGUAGAGAUUGACCAGAGAAAGCUUCCGGCUGAUUAUGAUCCUGCAACUUUUGAUCCUACCGAGCAUCGUAGUCCUCCAUCCGAGAGGGUAUGGAAGCUUGUAGAUGAUGUUUCGGGACUUACAUUGGUUGAAGUUGCAGAACUGUCGUCCAUUAUUAUGAAGAGGUUGGGCAUGACUGAGCAACCAAUGGUCGGUGUUAUGAAGGCAGGAGCUGCUGGAUUGGCAGCAGCAGCUAUGAAGGGACCGGAAGCAGCCAAGGAAGAAAAGAAACCAGAGAAAACUGUUUUUGAACUUAAACUGGAAUCAUUUGAUGCUGCUCAAAAGAUAAAGAUAAUCAAAGAGGUCCGCAGUUGUACUGAGUUGGGACUCAAGGAAGCAAAGGAGUUAGUCGAAAAGACUCCUGCUAUUUUUAAGAAGGGGGUAUCAAAAGAAGAAGGAGAACAAAUCAUUGAGAAGAUGAACGCUGUUGGAGCAAAGGUUGUUAUGGAAUAAUAAUGAGCAAGACAUUUGGUUUGAUACUGAGUUAAUCCAAAAGUAUUUGAAAACUAAAUUAUGCUUCAUUAGGCUAUGCAUUUUUGUAGUCUACUUUUCUUUCCUUUUCCAAAAAUCCCUCAGCUGUAGCUCACAAAUAAUUGUGUCCAUCAUGUUUGAUUGACAUGCUUAGCAGAAGGAAUGCGACUUAGUUGUAGUCUACUCUUCUUUGAUUGUACUGUGGGAUUAAUGAUUCUUUUCUUAUGGGUGGCUGGUUUGGAAGGAAAUGUGUUGUUACAGUGCUCAUUGAUAUCUAAUGCACGAAAGGCGUGGACUUUUCUCUUUUGUUUUGAUA